UCAAAUGCUUGACGGAUAUGCUGAACUGCCAGUGCUCAAUAAGAAAGGUUGGAAAAAUAAGCGAGAACAUCGGAAAAGCCAUCAUUUUGGCGAGACACUUCCCGAGGUUCCGUUGGCACUGCCAAGAUCCACAGUUAGCAGUGGUUCGAAUGGAUUUGUUGUGUCCGACUUGCGAUGUGCCACCUCAGGUCCAUCCACAAAUUUCUCCGAGCACAGUCGUAUGGCAUCGACGAACACCGAUCGCUCAUCGUCUGCGAUAAUACAUUCGCCAUCGUCACUCAAAUCCAAAGGAUCAUCACCGAAUGAUCCGCAUCGUUGUUCGCAUCUCGUCAAAAGAGACAACAAUGCGACAAUUUUCAAUCGCCUCUCAUCAAGCAAUUCCCGUCCGAACAGUGUCGCAGAUCGCGCACUGAUCGACUCAUCCGCAGCCGUAUCCGCACAAUCAAGCAAAUCACUGAAACCUGUUAAGAUUAACACGAACAAAUUCAAUGCUCGUCAAACGAACACAUCAAAAAACCAAAAGCAACAGUUCACUUCUGCUUGCAUUACGCCGUCAUCACAGACGUCUGCAACGACAACGUCAAGUGUUGCUGGUGGUGGUGUUAAUCAA